CGUGGCGCCAAAAGGCGAACAUGGCGCCGGAGCGGCUGCGGAGCCGGGCGCUCUCCGCCUUCAAGCUGCGGGGCUUGCUGCUCCGGGGGUCUCCCAGAUGUUCGCGCCGCGUCGCGCCCCCAGCCGAGGCUACGUUUCUCCCAGGUGGGACGUGGCUGGCCUCCUGCCUGUGCCACACUGAGCCGGAGACGCGGCGAUCUGUGUCGGAGCAGCGGUUCAUUGGCUCUGUGACUUGGGCACCUCUCAGCUCCUCCUCCCCCCAAGUCUGUGCCUUAGCAAAAUGGGAAUAACAACAGCGACUUCACGUAGUUUGUGAAUCGUCAGUUGAGCGACCUGGGAAAGCCCAUACGCGUGUCAGUGGGCUUACUUUGUGAAAAUUUGAAGCCAUUAAGUACCUCACAGAAGCUCUUGAGUCUAUCAGUGAAGUCGAGCUUGAAGAUACACUGGAAAAGAUCAUCGAUGCAGUUGAAAAGCAACCAUUGCCAUCAAACAUGAUCGAACGGUGUGUGGUGGAAGCAGCGGUCCAGGAAUGCAGUCAGUCUGUGGAUGAAACUAUAGAACACAUUUUCAAUAUCAUAGGAGCAUUUGAUAUCCCACGCUUUGUGUACAGUUCAGAAAGAAAAAAAUUUCUUCCUCUAUUAAUGACCAACCACCCUGCACCAAAUUUAUUUGGAACAGCAAGAGAUAAGGCAGAGCUGUUUCGUGAACGAUAUACCAUUUUGCAUCAGAGGACCCACAGACAUGAAUUAUUUACUCCUCCAGUGGUAGGCUCUCACCCUGAUGAAACCGGAAGCAAAUUCCAGCUUAAAACAAUAGAAACCCUCUUGGGCAGUACAACCAAAAUUGGAGAUGUGAUUGUUCUUGGAAUGAUAACCCAGUUAAAAGAGGGAAAAUUUUUUCUGGAAGAUCCUACAGGAACAGUACAACUGGAUCUUAGUAAAGCUCAGUUCCACAGUGGCUUAUACACAGAGUCAUGCUUUGUCUUAGCAGAAGGUUGGUUUGAAGAUCAGGUGUUUCAUGUCAAUGCCUUCGGCUUCCCACCCACGGAACCCUCUAGUACUACUAGGGCAUACUAUGGAAAUGUUAAUUUUUUUGGAGGGCCUUCUAAUACAUCUGUGAAGACUUCUGCAAAACUAAAACAACUAGAAGAAGAGAAUAAAGAUGCCAUGUUUGUGUUUAUAUCUGAUGUUUGGUUAGACCAAGGAGAAGUUUUGGGAAAGCUUCACACCAUGUUUUCUGGUUAUUCACCAGCACCUCCAACCUGCUUUAUUCUGUGUGGUAAUUUUUCAUCUGCACCGUAUGGAAAAAAUCAAGUUCAAGCUUUGAAAGAUUCCUUAAAAACUUUGGCAGACAUAAUAUGUGAAUAUCCGAGUAUCCACCAAAGUAGUCGUUUUGUGUUUGUACCUGGUCCAGAGGACCCGGGAUUUGGUUCCAUCUUACCAAGGCCACCACUCGGUGAAAGCAUCACUAGUGAAUUCAGACAAAGGGUACCAUUUUCAGUUUUUACUACUAAUCCUUGCAGAAUUCAGUAUUGUACACAAGAAAUUAUUGUCUUUCGUGAAGACUUAGUGAAUAAAAUGUGCAGAAACUGUGUCCGCUCUCCUACCAGCAAUUUGGAUCUUCCUACUCAUUUUGUAAAGACUAUCUUAUCCCAAGGACACCUGAGUCCUCUACCCCUUUAUGUCUGCCCCGUGUACUGGGCAUAUGACUAUGCUUUGCGAGUGUACCCUGUGCCUGAUCUCCUUGUCAUCGCAGACAAAUACGACCCUUUCACUUCGACCAAUACGGAAUGCCUCUGCAUUAACCCUGGCUCUUUUCCAAGAAGCGGAUUUUCAUUCAAAGUUUUUUAUCCAUCCAACAAGAUAGUAGAAGACAGCAAACUUCAGGGUUUUUGAGAUUCUUAAAGAGCAUCUGAAGAAAGAAAAUUCAUCAGUUCGCUUAAUCUUAUAUGUAUGUGAUUUUGAUAAGUUCCAAUAAACUUAUGAUAAACUCUACAAUGUUCUUAGAUUUGUAUUUUAUGAAAUUUUGGUACUAAGUUAUAAUAAACAUGGUACACUUGACAAAGUUUUACAGCAAUGAUAUUUUCUGUAUAGCCUUAAUAUGAAUAUAUGCAUGAAGAUAUAAUCUGAUUAACAUUUAUGCUUAAAAAUUAAAGUCUCAUUAUUUCUAGACUAGCCAUAUGUUAAUAUUCAUUUUAAGAAAAAUACAAAUAUUUAAAAUUUUCUGAAUCCUUAUUUUGUCUAACUUAGGUUUUUAUCAUCAUAAGAAUUAAGAGUCCUAAUAGUAUAUUCAGCAGUUUUCAAACUAAAUUUCAAGUCACAGAAUUUAUUCUAAUAGUGAAAGCCUUUGUGUCAGGAUAUUACUAAGAUAAUCAUUUCAUAAUUAUCUUUUGGCAUUGGAUAUUUUUUUUAACGAUUUUAUUUAUUUAUUGGACAGAGCA